UAUAAUUUUUGUAAAUCUUCAUAUCUCGUAUAUAGAUAACAACAUUUGCAAAAUGGCUUUGGAAAAGAUGUGUGGUUUUAAUAACUUGCCAUUCAGAAGGGGAGAACCAAAUUUCGAAUUUGCAGACAUGGAAAUGCAGAUGGCCAAAGCGACCUCAAAUAAUCCAUACAAUUUCAUGGCACCGCCCUUUGACAAUCCUGUGAUGAAUCUCAACAAGAUAUUGGCACAGAAGAACAUUAAACUGAAUUUAGCACAUGGUACCACAACAUUGGGAUUUAAAUAUCGUGGUGGCAUCGUAAUGUGUGCUGAUUCACAAACCUCAACAAGUGAUUUGAGGUCAAAGAAGAUCAUGGAAUUGGACAAUUGUAUGCUGGGCACCAUUGCUGGAUGUGCUGGUGAUUGUGUCCACUGGCAUCGUGUGCUCACUAGCGAGUGUCGCCUGUACCGUUUGCAAAAUGGCAACAACAGCAUGACAAUAACAGCCGCCUCAAAGUUCAUUCACAAUAUUGUGAAUCGAUUCUUGGGAAUGGGUUUAUCCAUGGGAUUAAUACUGGCUGGCUAUGAUCCACAUCCAGAUGGUUCCAAACUCAUUUAUAUUAGCAAUGAAGGCGAUCGUGUCGAGGGAAAUCUAUUUUCCAUCGGCAGCGGUUCAACCUAUGCACUUGGAGUAUUGGACAGUGGCUACAAUUGGAAUAUGUCCGAUGAGGAAGCCUUCUUUUUGGCGCGUCGUGCUGCUUACAAUGCCAUUAAUUGUGAUCCCUACUCUGGCGGUUCUAUUUCCCUAUAUCAUAUGACUGAAAAUGGCUGGAAGGUAAUAUCCAUUGAGAACUGUCAGAAAUUUAAUCAGAUUCAACCAGAAUAUGCAGUUCCUAUGGAUGUUGAAGACGAUGACGAAUUAAUGCUACUGGAAUAACCAUUAUUUUUUUUUAUUUAUAUACAUAAUUUAAGAUUAAGUUUUAAGUAAAUCAGGGUAAAAUGUUCACUCCAAACGCAAAACGAGUCAUCUAAUAAAUACCACAUUUUCUCUCAGUGU